AUGGUGCUGAUGCCACUGAUUUUCUUCCUUGUGGUGCAGUUAGUACCGUCAGCGUCACUUUAUAGACCCUUGCAGGGAGAUAUUCGAGUUGUCAAGGGACAGCAAAAUGCACCCUUCAAUUACGCUACCUCCCUUCCUGGCAAAUACUUGUACUUGGUUUCCGGUAUCCACAAUGUUACUCUCGAGAAUGGACACUGCUCGACACCUUUUUUCACCUGUACCUACAAUGAAGUUGAUAGCACACAAACGAAUGUGAAGAUGACCGGCUACAUGUCCUACGGACUAAAAUGGGUGACUUUCAUGGGAGCAUCAAAUCAAGUUCCAAUUGCUGUUGUCUUCUUCACGGACGAUGUCUGGAACGACUUGGGUGCAGGCUCCAUUCAGCCUCAGUAUUCAGUUCCUCUGAUUGUUCGAGCUCAUGGACUACCUUCAGUGACGCUCACAUGUUCCAUAUUUGCAUCGAAUCCCAAGUACAACUUGUACACUGGAGUGGACAAUGUGCUCUACUACUCUGCCAAACCAGCAAAAGAUGAAACAAAAGAGCACAAACAGAUCUUGAAUCUUGAAGCACGGAAUAUCCUAAUGCACAAAGUGAUAACGCUGACUGUCAAGAAGAAGUUUGACAUCGACUUCUACAGUUGCAAUGUGGGUGACCACUGGCUGACCCACACAAUUGAUUGGAUUGCUCGCCUUUUAAAUACAGUGUGGCGCCUCACUCCCGCUCCAACCAUGUCAUGCAUUGCCUCCCUUCAGUUGUCCUUCUCCUCGGUGAGAUGUGAGAAGUCGAAAGAAGAGGCUGACUGGAACAAAGCCAUAAAGCUUCGUCGAUUUAGAAAACGUAGUUGGCCUAAUCUCAGCUUUGGACUGCGUCACACAGCCUCCGUUCCAUGCUAUCAAGAGGACGCAUCAAAAGAUAUUGCUGCGAUCAUCCCACAAACACGUCCAGGAAAAAGCCGGUCCAAAUCGAUGACACUGCUACAAGUGGCCCUAUUCCUCGUGGCACUUACCGUCACCGAUUGCGCGGGCACCUACACGACAUUGCCGGGCGACACUCGUAUUGUUAAAGCGAGGGAAAGUGAGGCCUUUAAUUACAAAACUACUCUUCCUGACUACACCGAUAUGAUGACAGUGACACUGAGAGGUAAAAUGUCGAGUAAACUCAAGUGGGCAACAUUUAGGGGACCUCAGGAUUUGGUUCCCAUUACCGUUUUGUUCUUUGUAAACAACAUCUGGAACGAUUCGACCGCAGCUAAAACAGAGGAUAAUAAAACCGUAGAGUUGGUGAAUCGUCACGUCACUUUUCAGGUGACCUUGUAUACAGGUGAAAAAAUGCAGAAAUAUUAUCAGUUAAGGCUGGUUGGGAAGCCGUUUGAUAAAACCGCACAAUAUGAACAAAUGUUGAAUCUGGAGGUUCGAAAUAUUCUUUUACAUAAGGUCCUAACUCUGACUGUGAAGCAGAAGGAUGCAAUCGAUUUCUACACCUGCAAAGUGGGUGAUAAAUACCUCACUCACACAAUCGACUGGACUUCUACAGCAAGUAAGUGGAUAGAAUGA